AUGCCAGCUCCCGUUGAGAAUGCUACUCCUUCGACGAUUCGGGGAGGCAACGAACAAUCCCGUCCUCGCAUUUCCCAGCCUCUAGAAUAUUCCGGCAGCUUAGAUUCGUAUCCUCACAGCGACUUGACACCUGUCAUUGGCACCGAAUACAGUGGACUUCAAGUCGCCGAAAUCCUCAAAUCGGAACAACGCGACCAGAUAAUCACCGACCUUGCUGUAACAAUCUCCAAGCGAGGUGUUCUGUUCCUGAGAAACCAAGAUGUAACGCCUCAACAAAUGAAGGAGUUCGGAGAAAGAUUGACCGUUCUGGCAGGAUGUCCAGAAUCAUCAGGACUGCAUGUCCACCCUCUCACGGAAGAAGGAAGCGAACUAGGCGACCAAAUCAGCGUGAUUAGCAGCGAGAAACAAAAGAAGGGAGGCGGUCUCACACAUCAACUUAGCGACACCAGCCGAUUCGCCUCCGUCGGAUGGCACACAGACAUCAGUUUCGAACGCGUCCCGUCGGACUACGCGAUGCUGAAGAUUCACACCUUGCCUGUAACAGGCGGAGACACGCUCUGGGCAUCAGGGUACGAGGUCUAUGAUCGUCUUUCACCGGACAUGGCAGCGUUUCUAGAAACGUUGACCGCGACGCAUGACGCGACCUUCUUUCAUGACGAGGCGAGGCGGUUGGGGAAUCCGCUGCGGAAGGGAAUUCGAGGGUCGCCGCUCAAUUCGGGCGAGGAGUUGACGGCUGUGCAUCCCGUGAUCAGGACUAACCCGGUCUCCGGAUGGAAAUCAGUCUAUGUGAAUAAGGGCUUCACGAAGCGAAUUAACGGCGUAACUAAGGAUGAGUCAGAUAUGUUGCUGCAUUACUUGUUCAACCUUGUGACUCAAAACCACGACGCCCAAGUUCGCUUCAGGUGGAACAAGAACGAUAUGGCUAUCUGGGAUAACCGAUCCACCUGGCAUUGUGCGACUUAUGACUAUGCCGAAGCUCGGGCUGGAGAUCGGGUUUGUAGUCUGGGUGAGGCGCCAUACUUAGACCUGCAGUCGAAAUCCAGGAAGCAGGCGCUUGGGGAAGCAUAG